AAAGAAGAAGAUAAAUUUAAUAAAUAAUAAAAUUAUUAUUAUUUGACUCCUUGUAGUUUUAUUUAUGAAAGCAGGCAAGUAUUGUUCAACCUGGGAAUACAGGUUUCAAAAGUCGUUUCAAAAGUAGCAUGACACUGAAAUUUUCUUGUGACAGAAGGGGGGGGGGAAUCAUGCCUAUUGGUAGCGACUGUAUAAAUUUCAUUUGAUUUCAUUUUAGUUCAAAUUUAGAUUUGGCCCUGGCAACAUUCACUUGUCUGUAUUGGCUCAACCUCUAAAAUCACCUAAACCAAUAAAUGCAUUCAUUUAAAUUACAUACUUGAGGCAAAUGUACAAAUUUGCUUCUGCUUGCUUGUUUGGAUAAACCUGUUCUAUACAUGUUUGUGUUUUUCCUUUAUCCUCCAUACCUCAAGCUACACAAGUGCUGACUCAUUCAUUUCAGAAUAUAGAUAUGUUUAUAGUCCAUAUGAUUUCAGUGCCCUGAAAUCUACAUCAGUGUGUUCAUCAUGCCAUGAAUCAUUAAGCCGCUAUGUCCCAACAAGGCAGUCCUCUGGUGGAAAUGAUCCUAUAAUGGCCAAAGAAUGAGCAUACCUCAGCUGUGGAUAGCCAACAUUUUUAUGGUCAUGAAUGGAAGUUGAUAGUGCUAGCAUCUAUGCCUGUUUAAUUAUACAAGCUGUUUUUGAAACUGAGUCUCUUUCCUUUGCUAGAAAGUCACCAAAUACUGACAAAACUCUUGGUUGUAAAAAAGAGAAAAAGUACUGCUUUACUUCUCCCUGGUUGCCAAGGUACUGCCAAAUAACUGAAGAUCUAAAGCAUAGAUCCAGAAAGCAAAAGAUAUUAAAAUACACACAAGAAAAUAUCUAAGUAUUUUCAAAUUUACAGUGUUUGAAUGCAUUUAGUUUUCACCUAAAUAAAUAAAAAGACUACCUCUGAAUUUGCAGAAAACACCUUUUAUUUUUGUUCCUAAGCAGUUACAAUCGUAUCUUCCUUCCAAAGAUGGUAGAACUUCCAAACAGAUGAUGUGUCAGCAUUCCGCUGUUACCGAUUAAGCACUGACUCAUUUUUGUCAAAUAAAAUAUAUUCAUAAUACAUAAAAAUAAGGGUUCCCUAGACAUAACAUUCUCAUUUGACUUUCCUUCUUUCUGCAAUGCUUCAUAAAUAGACUCUUUCUCUGUUCUCUAUUUUUAUCUUAAUUAAUUUAACUUGAUUUCAUUGGAAACUCUUUCAUUAGUAACUCUAUAAUAUUAAGCGUAAAUAUCUGGAAAGUAUCACUGAGUACCAGCAAAGCAUUUUCACCCAUAUCACAUACAAUACUGCAAAUAGCUGCCUUUGCUUCCUUACCCACAAAAUCAAUCACUAAUACCAGCAAUUUGUUUUGAAGAUAAAAUCAAAGGGACAAAAAAGAACAUGACCUAGUACACAAAACUAGACACAAACUCAUGCCAGCUAGACAUAUAAAAUGGGGUGAGCAACUGAUUGCAAAUAAUGCUUUCAGCUGAAGGUUUACUUAAUAAUUAUAGAAGGUAGAGAGUUUGUGGGGAUGCUAGUACUUUUUUUCCUUUUAAACUUUAAAAAAGUCCUUGCUUUUAAAAAUGUAAAAACUUUCUACUCAAAGUUAUCAGAGUCAUGGCUCUAAAAAGGCCCAAUUCUGCAGCAUUCUGGGAGAAGCAAUACCCAUUAUGUUGCCAAAAUGAUUUUAUGGAGCUUCUGGAGAAGAAACAUUGAAGUUGGAGAGAGUAAAUUCAGAUGCCAUGCAAAAUAUCAUUAUUUCAUGUGAAACUCUGCCCCAUGAUAAACAAUAUUUUGCUCUAAACAAAUAUAUAUCACUAUGCAUUCCUUUCAAUAUAUAUCCUCAUGUGCAUCUUUUUCUCUCAAGGAAUGCACUGAGCAAGAACCAGUAAUCCAAUAGACACAUACAAGCAGAUCAUGGUCUAUUGACUAUGGUACUGGUGUCCAAACUGGGUGUGUUCACAUGACAUAUUUAUCCAAGGCAAGUUGGGUACAAUUUAUUUAAUAAACUCAGUAUUCAGAAUUUGCACAGCACCCUGAACCAUAAACUAACUGUUGGAUUGGAUAGACACUCAGAAUAUUCUAGGGUAAAAUGUGGUGGGCUCGUUUAAGUUUUAAUAUGGUGUUAUCUGGCUUCCUGCCAUUAGCAGCAAGAAUCCAAUCCCCCAAGUUAAUUGGGGUAACUGAUCAGAUAGGGUAAUUGUUUUAUAUUUUUCACAAGACAGAAAGAUAAAGGAGAAACAAAUAAGAUGGGAGAGUUGUUUUAUAAAGACAGAAGGAAAGGAUUCAUCCCAGCUCAGAACUGGUAUGUGCAUUAUUGUUAGUUGCAAAGUCGUGUCCGACCCAUCACAACCCCAUGGACAACGUUCCUCUGGGCCUUCCUGUCCUCUACUAUCUACCUCUACCAUCUUCUGGAGUCCAUGCUAGGUGGGAAUUCUGGGAACUAAACUCCAAUAGACCUGGAGCAUAUCAAGUGAUGGAAAACUGCACACUCUUUGCCAAAUUUGUCUCUUGUCCUGAAAGAGAGCUUUAAUGCAACCUUUAUGCAAGUUUGCAACUGCAGGCAGAAUGAUGAGAUUUUGCCCAAACUUUCUAAUACAAAGUUGCUUGGUCUAUCUUGGUUCUCAUCACUGCAAAAUGAUGGUUAAGGCACCAGGCUAUAAACUGGGAGUCCUAAGUUUUAGUCCUGCCUAAAACAUGAAAGAUGGCCAGGUGAUUUUGGGCCAGUCAUUCUCUCUUUUUUUAAAAAAGUAGCUCCACAGAACUGAACCAUUGGCUUUUUAAAUUGCCCCUGCCUAUUUGUUCUGUAAUAUAAGUCAGAAUUAUUUUGACCCUCGUGUUACAGAUGAUUGACUGAUAGAUUUAUAUAGUGAUUAAAGUGAUUUGUAUCAUUCCCCCCCCCAAAUUGCAAUUCUGGGGAUCUAUUUUUUAAUGAAUUUUUAUUACAUUUUUACAAAGAACAUGAAAAGUAGCACAAACUAAUAGAGUAAAAGCAGUAAAGAAAAAAAAGGGGGGGGGAGCAAAAGUGCAGAAAGAAAGAAUAAAAGGAAUUGCAGUAGAAAGAAGCAGCUUCCAAUUUCCGUUGCAGCACAUAUCAAUACAACUACAAAAUUAUCUCUCCGUCUACGAGUAUAAGGGAUUCUGGACAACUAUUGUAGGAUUAAAACCCAUUGAGAAUCAGGCAAAAUUAAACAAUGAAUAACAUGAAGAAAACCAGUCCAGGGAACUGGCUGAUGAUGCCACCUGAACAGCAGGCUCUUCUGUGCACAUGGCCCAUUUCCUUACUUGUUUGUACUCCUGAGCAUUCCUUCUCUGCCUGGAAGCCUGUGUCACCUUCCUCUACCUCAUGUUGCUGUUCUGCCAGCUGGUUAUAGGCUGCCUUCUCCUCCUCUGCGCUCAGAGCAUGAGGCUGUGAGCUCAGUCACUAGGUCCCUCCCAGGAGGUACAGCCGUACAAGCUGGGAGGAGUCCCAACAGCCGAACUUCAGGCUUCUUUCUAGCUAUUCUCAGAGUGUGAGCCUGGCUCACAGCAUCCAGGCUGCAGGCUCCCUCCUUCGCACAACUUGAUCUUGUAGAAACAGCUGCAUCCUUCAUGACACAAUGGCAAUGCUGUCCAACAACACAGACUUAACCUUGUUCCUCUCAAAAUUGCUAGAAGACUACAUAGAGAAGAAAAACCACCCCACGCCUGCACCCUUCAUUGAUUCUAGUGACCAUCUGGAAGUAGUGUUUAUACUUCUCCUGCUUGGAUUUUUUGGAUUCAUCACCUUUGGGGUCAUGAUCAGCUAUAUACGCUCCAAAAAGCUGGAACAUUCCAAUGACCCUUACAAUAUCUACAUUGCCACUGAUCUCUGGCAGAAAAGGGACAAAGUCUACUUGCAGGCCAAAGUAGUAGAAAAUUAUAAAUCAUGUUGUAUAUGGGAAAAUGAGCAUGCUGUCGAACAACCUACUAAUCAUAUCCCUGAAGUGAAAUCUUAAUAACAAGAUAGUCAGCCUAUUUUAGAGACAUUGUGCUGUCCCUUCAAAAGUACUAAAGAAACAACAGUUGGACAAACUUUUCAAAAGCAAAGAGAUAAAAUCUACAACUUCUGUUAUUGCCUCCCUUGAAUUGGUGCCACACUAAUGUGUUGGAUGACAUCUUCCAGCAAUUCCUGACCAAUAUGUGCUUACUGUGUAGUAGAAGUAAUUGUUAUCUGAAGAGUAAUUGUUAUCUGAAGGCACCAUGUUGGGAAAGGCAGCUGUUCUAACCUAAACAGUAAAAAAAUGGAGGUAUUUGUAGGCUAUGAUCUACCCCAGUAUAGUUUUUCCACUUCAAAAAUCUGGUUGUACUAUGAAUAGAUCCUUGUUCUAAACUUCAUUCUUUUUUUACAAAACAACAAGCAUAAAAAUGUUGCUUCAGUUUCACAUUUUGCAGAUAUCUCUAUCUCACCAACAGAAAACAUGAAGUUGAUUCAUAAGAGAUGGAGGAAGAGUAAUACAGUUUUAAGUAUAAGUCACAUAAUUUCUUUGUGUAUAAUAUAGAUCAUCCAAAUGGAUAUGGCUGGGGACAGAUUUGUUUAAAUUUAGGAAAUAUUUUUUUAAUUUAGGAUUUAAAAAACAAUUUAGGAAAUAAUCAGAAUCAGCCAUUAUCAACUGUUCAGUUUCACAAAAUAUGAAUUUACAGGGAGAAAUAUAGAGAGGAGAGAGGGAGAAAGAGCUAUACUUAAACUUAGCUACAUGAUAUAGCUAAAAGCACUUCCAACACCAAUGUUGGACACCAUUUGGUGAUCAUUUCUGGCCCUCAUUGAUCUCAUGAUAUUUGUUGGCGAUUAAUUCUGACUUUUGUCCUUUAAUCUCAGUGGUUUACAAAUCUUGUAGAUGAUCUGCUUUGCCACUGAGAGGAUCUCUUGCUUCAAUCUGGUCCAUAGGCCCCAUUUAAGCCAGUCCUUGCUCUCCCUUCCCCCAAGGUUCACAUCCAAUUCCUGGAGCUUCUCUUUCUCUCUAUGCAUUGCUUGGAAUCUAUUCCUUUUCUUACAAUCCAAACAGGAAAGCAACAUAAAUAUGCAUAGCCGCUUAGAGUCACCCACUAAGUGAAUUUAAUAAAUAAAUAAAUAAAUAUGAUUUUAUAUAUGAUAAACAUUUCACCGAUAGAUUUCUUAUGAAAUCAGUAGAGUGCAAUUUUCCAAAAAUCACUGUGCAUCUUUCUUCAAACCUAUUAGUUACUGAUCAACCGUUUUUUAAAUGACAAUUCACUGAUUCUUGUUUUAAUUUGUAUGAUUUUGCCAAUUUUCCUUGAAUAAGUGAUUUCUAUUGAAGGAGUUUGUAAUGUCUGGUUAUUAUAUAACUUCUGUAGUAUUUCAAACAAAUGUUAUUUUACUGUGGUUUUAUAUAAUAUCCUCUAUUGAGGAACAAUUGACUGGGAAUGGUAAAUAAUGAUAUUGGAAUAUAUCAUUAAGGCUGCCAAGUGACCAGAAAAAUGGGCUAGUUAGUUCUUAAGUCUUGAUUUUAGAAAUCAGCAAGUAAUUAGUAUCGAUAUAAAUGCUUUCAAAUAAUUGCAACGUCAAUUUCAACUUCAAUCUUUUUAUGUACAUAAGUGAUUGUAAUUAGUCUAUACAUUUGUAAUUUUUCCUCACAAAAUGUAAUAAAAAUGCUAAUCUCACACAUGUUGCAUAUUGCCCAGUAUAUAUAUAUAUAUAGCCAAUUCAUGACAAAGUUACUUUGGUUCUAUCAUCUUCCCAGAAAUAAUCUUCCUCUUGCUACUUCUUUGAAUUUCACCAAGGUUCUCUUGGUAUAGCAGCUUAUCGCCAUCAGAAUAAAGUUUCAGAAAAAUCUAUUUUGUGUCCUCCGUUUUCUAACUGCUAGAAUAAAUGAGUGUUCGAUAUUUCAUCCACUUAAAACAGUUCUCAAUACUUCAGCCACCUAUCAGUCCUUUUUGGUAUGAGAAGGGAGGGGAAAGCUAGCUGAUCAUUACCCAGAGAAUUUUGGGGCUGAAUCUGGAUCUUGUCUCAUCUCCAAACCCAGGUCCCCAACUUGGUGCCCCUCAGUUCUGUUGCCUACAGCUCCCGUAUCUAUUUCAGCUGGGGGAAAUGAGAUUGUAGUCCUAUACGUUUAGGAAUAUUCUAGGUCAUGCAUCAAAUGAUAAAAAAGUGUUUAUAAGGAAAUAGCAGCCAAUUCAAAAAAUUAAUGGAAUUAAUAUAACAAAUUGUCAAUGGAACCUGACUUUUGUUACAUCCUGUAUUAUACAGAGCCUUGUUUUCAUCAUCCAUUCAAAACAAUCACAUUUAUAGAACUGUAGUUUGUCAAAUGAAUGAAGUAAUGCAUUGGUGUGCUUGCUUCUUUAUCAAUUCAUAAAAUUGACUUGGUAAAACACAGGAUAACAAGUGUUUUAUUUUAAAGAGAAUUCUAACAUAACUUUAUUAAUAUUAAUCACAUUUUGUGUUCACUUAAGUCCCUCAAGACCUGGAUAUGCUACUAAGCCUGGGGGUCCAGAGACUGGGGAGAUUUUGCAGUGGCUCCCUUACUGUAGUUAAUAUCUUCGUUUCUUCUUUUGUGUACCUUUUAAUAGUUUUAAGUGUGCUUUUUAAAAAUGUAUUUAUUUAUUUUAGUUAAGUGUUGCACUCUGCCCAGAAUCAAUCCCUUUCAGAUGGGCAGCUACUGUAUAUAAAUAUGAUAAACAAACAAACAAAUAAUAUAUAAUCUGGAAAAGUGAGAUAUUUUCCAAAGUAAGUAUCAUGUUUAAGCAUGACUCAAAAUAUAUAUUAGAAACAAUUUAAUUUCUACAUUUUAUAUUUCCCAAUGAAAUUACUCACUGGUUUUUUUUUUUUUUCAUGCCGCAAAAGCCAUCCAUCCUGUUUGUAAAAAUUGUAAAAUUGCUACGUUUACCACAUUUAAACUGAAGUUCUUGCUUAAACCCUUAAACCUAAUAAGGGAACCUGGACACUGAGUCAUUGAUGAGAAGUUCCAUUAACAUUUCUUUCAUGUUUUAUGGAACCAGAGGAAAGACUAGAGCCUAAAUAUUAUGCUUAACCAUAUUCUUGUUUGAAAUAAUACUAAUUAUGAAAUCUUUUUGUACUGAGUGCUUUCUCUUUGGUUAAUUCAUUCUGUCACUAUCUGCAUUUAAAAAAGUAAUAUUCUCACCAACGUUUAUUUUUUUUAAUUCCUAAUGCAGAUUUUAAGAAACCUAAGGUCUUAAUAUCAUACCAUGAUAUCCAAGUACUCACACAUUGGUCAAUUAUAACAAUAUACGCUUUCAAGAGAUUUUAAUUUUUUUGUAACAGCAUAUGCCCAGAAUGUAAGAAAAUCAUGAAAGACAUCAGGAUUCAUUUCUUCAAAUUUGCAAAAUAAAAAAUGGGUUUCAUUUUGUGUGAGCACCAUCUGCUGGUGGUAUUGUGUGAAAAGGCAACUGCCGAAUGUAACAUCAUCAUUAUCAUCCAAGCUGCUGGUAACAGAUGUUUAUUUAUCCGUUCACUUAUUUCAAUGUAUAUGGUUGCCCGUUAAUAACUCUGGGCAGUUGAUUUAAAGCUAAAUUUUGGAAAAACAAUAACAAUAAUUAUACAUGUACAUAUAGUAGCAGCUGAGGUCAACAACAAUCACUACAAAUAACAUCCAUCUUAUGGGCUUCAUUGACCUCCCAAUCCCCAAACCCAGGAAAAUAGCCAAAGUCUUUCUCAAAUGCUGGCUUGCUGAAUUUUGGGAUUAUAAUGUUCCAGAAAAACAGGCACUGCAACAGAAAAGGCCUGCUUUUUAAAUCCCAUCAAGUAACAUUCCUUGAUAAACAAGAAUUGAACCGAUACAUAGGUGGGGAGCUGAAUUUCUUUCUAAUAUAGGAGUCAUAACUAGAUAAACCUUUCCCACAGACAUGUUUGAGUAGUCAUUAUAUGCAUGUUGACAUUAGUAAACACUGAAAAUAUCACCUAUGAAAAAGCCAUGUGCAAUGUACAGCUUGGAAAAAGUUAUAUUUUUCUUUGAGUUGUAACUGAAAGGGAUUAACCAGAAUUUUAAUUCUUACGUAGAAAAGUUAGGUUACAUAUCAAUCAGGAAACUAAAUUGGGACUUUCUUGUAUUUCCAGAAAAUUUCUGACUUGAUCUAGUUAUAAUAAAGUCUGUUACGCAAUUGAUUACUUAACAUAAUCACAUUAUCCAUAUUACAAAGUACAUGCUAGGACCUUCUUUUGGGGAGGACGAGAUCUCAGCAGGCCUUCUUAAAAUACCAUGGUCAGAGGUCUUUGCUAUAUAGUGUGUGCUGGACUAUCCUAUAGUACUAAAAUCAAUGGACUUGUGCUCCUGAUGGAUUUCACCACUUUCAUCCCUUCGUGAAGGAAAGAACAAACAAGCCACAGAUGGCUGCAGUGAAGAGCAGAAGCACUGAAAACUUAUAGCAUUUUAGAUAUUUGUCCUUUUGCAGGUAUAUGUUAAACAUUUAUGGAGGCAAACAAUAUACAUUUAGCAGACUAACAUCUUUAGAAAUAUGUACCCCAAAGUGCUUUGCCUCUAUCCUUGCCAAAAACUCUAGGUUUAUCAUGCAGCCACAGCCAUACAUAUAUUAGUGUAUCUGAUGCUUCACAGAACACAUGACGGUUCCAGUCUCAGAGCUAAAGAUGAUGGAAUAGAAGUGAAGAUGAGGUUAAUUGGAUAGAACAAAAUGGAAUUGUUUCAUGCAGCCAAUUAGAUCUAGUUCUCCUGGGAGUAUAUAUCCACAUCUAGAUGGGCUCUCCCUGGUAUCAUGGCUGAAUGGAGCCAGCAUUUCUUCCUGUUGCAUAAAUGUAUUAUAAUACCAUCCAUGCUGCUGCACCAUCCUGUAGGAUGUCAUCAGCCCUGCCCUUCCUCCCCCAUUCUUAUUAAUCUUACAGAUUCUCUGCAUCUUUCCCACUUAGUCAACAGAAUGCAACUGAGCUCAUACAUGUGGAACCUUGUCUAAAUCAAUUCUUUCUCUUUACCUGGGUGGAAAGGGUGCUAUCACUGAAGUUCUUGUGGCCUCUCCCACUGAAAACACUCCCCAGCCAUUUCCUAACAAUCCGCUCACAUUGAGGAAGCAUUUGGUAAUUAUUUUGAAUUACUGAAAUGAAAUUUACCUGCCAAAAGAAAUGGCCAGCAUGCCAAAAACUGAAAAAGAAGUGCCUUCAGAGAAGGAUAUUAUUCUAUUUCUGAAACUUACCUUCAGUGAACUAUUAGGUUACCUGCUAAUUCUUAGCCCCUUUUUCUACAAUCAGGGUGUAUCAGUUUUCAAUAAAAGAAAUAAUCUUGCUUUCCUCUAAUAUGAGGCAGAAAGAUUAUGACUACAACACAGAAUUAUUGAUGUUCAUAGAGGUGAAUAAACAGGACAAAUUUCCAUCUUUUUAAAAAACUGAUUAAGAAUAAUUAUUCUUAAGAGCAAAAAUAAUUACCAUUCUGAACGACUGUUGUAACUUGGGGAUAGAAAUGAACUUAUCUGGGAUCUAUUGGAGGAUAACAUUUUUACAUUCCAUUAAAACAGCUGCCAUUACAGAGAAGGGAAACAAACAGUGGGUCUCAUGAAAAAAUAGUCCUUGGAACUUUCUGAAUUUAGAACAGAUUUAAAAAAAUAUUUUUUCUUGAAAAUAUUUCGUGUGGCUUCUUCUGAAGGCAAGCUGAUAUCUGAAAAAGGAGCAAGCUAAUCUGGAGUUUCUGAGAAAUUCAGCAUAGCCUUCUUGGGAGAAUACAGUAUAUCACCAAUACAGAGUAUUACUUCUGAAAGUCCAUUCUCCCUGAUCAGAUAGUAUAAUGUAUAAAUAUACAGGCAAGGUAAAUCACAUAAAUUGCUUUUAUUUGUAUUUGCAGUUAUGUUCAAACUUCAGGUAAAAAAUUGAGACAAUAAUUGAAAAAAGAAACUUAGGGAAGGUUUGUGUUAUGGCAAAGAAGCCAGGAACUUAUGUUAAUAAAUCCAGAUCUUGCAACAAGUAGGAUCGGUCAGGUAUUCUUCUAUAAUCACCUAUUUCCUUGUCUGGAAUUUUCAUCCAGUGUUUUAAUAUUUUAAACAAUAAAUACUAUUCUUUUGUUUCAUAAUCUUUGUAUUUUUUUCUGUACCCAACUUCUCAGUGCAACAUUGUGUAAUACUUUAUUUUCUUUAUGUACUAUGUUUCUUGAGUUUCUCAAGUCAUUCCAUUAUAUAAAAAAAAACAUUGGAAGACAUUAAAUUUAUUUUUGUAGUCUCUCUCUGUCUGUCUCUGUCUCUCUCUCUCUUGCAGUUUUGGCUUUGUUUUCUUUCCUUUUUUACCUUAAUUAUUAAUUUCUGUUAGUUUUUAGUAUCUUUUUAGUAUAAACAAAUUAGUAAGGUUAUCUUUUAAAAAAGUUAUUCCGUAUGGAUGCAAAUGUAAAUGCAUCUGAUAAAGUUAACUGUAGCUUAUGACAUAAUAAGUAUUUUAAUCUUCCUGAUGCCACAAAGCUUGCAUUUUGCUAUCUCUAAUACAUUUACUGUAUAUUAUCUUUGACAUUUUUUUCAUUUUGUCAAAUUUCUCCAAUAUCAAAAGAUAAGAGGAAACCGGUUUCUUUAUUAAAGUUAUCUCUUAUUGGGCAUCUGAAAGAAACCUUUCUCUUUACACAGGUAAAAUUCUUUACUUUUAUUUUAUUUUGCUUUUAUGCUGUUUUUUUAUCUCGCUCAAUAUUUUAAAACUUAAUAAACUUACUGUAAGUUAGAAUCCAGGGCUGACUCAAUUAUUGUGCAGAGCCUAAAUUAUCUUUCCAAAUUACACUCCUAAUCAUACAUCCUUAAUUUUAACUAUACAAAUAGAUAAGCAUCACAUCUGCUUCUGGUAAUAGAUUGCUCAGAGGAGAGUUGGCAAAGAAGUGUUUCCUUCAAUUAAGUUAGUCAAGAGUAGAGCAUAGGAUUCUCACUCACCAAACCUAGGACAAGUGAAGUAAGUCGUUUCUGUUACUUAUUAUUUGGGUUUUGGAUUGAUUGCAGAGCACAGGAUGGGAAAGCAAUCAAAUACGAUUAUUAUAUAUUUCAGCAUUUUGGAAAUUGUUUUCACCCUUGUCUGGUACCGUUUCUCUGCCUUGAAUUCAAAUAUAACCUUUGUUGCUUUGAAUAAUUGUAAAUAAAAUACAAAAGGUUUGUCUUAACUGUUUUUAUUCAGACUUUCAGAUCAGGAAUUUUUAUUUCAUAAUCAGUGAUUUCAGAAAUUUCUAGACUGGGAGGCUCUACUCUUACCAAGAAAAGGCACUGUUCAACUAUAGGUCCAGCAUGACUUUUACACUGAUUUGAACAUAGCUCAGCAGAGAUGUAUUAUGAUCUGCAAAGUAGUUGACAUCUUCAAAUUUUGAACUUUAGAGGAGACAAUGAAAAUACAAGGGUUAAUUCAUUAUUCUUGGACAGAUUUGGUUCAGUUUAGACCACAAGUUUAUGCAGGCAUGAAUUAUCAAGUUGGUAAUGUAGUAUUUUUAGUUACCUUUUAAGGCACUAAUCAGGCUGAUUGAAGGCCAUAUUUAUUCCUAAAAUGGCUACAUCUAAAAUAGAUGUUAGCAUGCCCUUUCCCAGCUGUCCAUAUAUUACCUACUGUUUCCACAUAACUAGUAUUUUGAAAAUGUUUGUAUUUUGAAUGUGUAUCAAUAUUACUUUUGACAUAGAUAGAUAUAUGGUAUUGUCUAACUUCUGUGAAAUAAUAAAUGAGUUUUGAAAAAACAUAUCGAAUAAGGAUUAAAUGCAGAUUCUGUAUGAUUAAACAGAAAAAUCUUAACACUGCAGAAUUGGUUAACAUUUUUUUAACCCAAGUUUUUUUUAACAAAAGAGAAAUGAUGGCAGAAUUCAUUGUUCUUUUUCCAGUUCACCAAGUGAUUCACAAACCUAAUGUCUCUGGAUAUAUUGAACAGCAGUGUAAAUAAGACAUUAUCAGGUUUUCAGUCCUGGUCAGCAAAAAGUCCAUAAAGGGUUGCCAGAAUAUCGUAAACAUAUGACUUAUUUUAACCUUGAUCAAAUAAACCAACUUUAUAUCUCUUUCUUUUAUUUCCUAAAAUCUUAAUCUUUAUUUUAUUCAAAUAUUGUUGUAUGAUUUGAUCUCUCUUCAAUUUUUCUUUGUCCCACUGCAUGGGCUUCUUCAAGGCUUUAACAAAUCUCUUUAUAAAUCCAAUAAUAAAGACACCAUCCAAGUCAUUCUCGUGGUUUAUUAUUUGCAUUUCCGCUUUAAUUUUUAAAAUUUCAGCCAACUUUCUUUAUAUAUCCAGUAAAGAGCCCUAAUCUGAGUCAUUCUUUUGGCCUGCCGCUUGUAUUUCCCCUUUAAAUACCUUUUCUAUAUUGAAAUCCAGUUGUUUUAUUCCAAUAUUACUGAUUCCAUUAUUUUACAUGUUAUACUUUCAUUAACAUCCUUAGUCUAUCCAUAGAAACAGAUAUCAUUACUUGUGAUUAUUGUUGUUAAUCAUUUCUAACCCCAUUCUUCAAAGAGUUCUUUUAAUAUUUUAAAAGUUGUAGCAUUUCAUGACAUUUUGUAAAUUCCAAUCUAAGACAAAACCACAGGCAAGGGUUUUUGGUUUUUUUUUGCCUGCAAUCCUUAGCCCCCUUUAAAUUAUACAGUUCUAUUCUAUGUUAUUAGUUUUGUUCAGAAAUAAAAAUAAACUCACCAGAUGUCUUUUCAAAUGUCAUUCUGAAGAUCUUUAAUAGCCUUAAAAUAGUUAAACAGGUACUUAGAAGGUUAGCAAAUGAAUUGUUGUUUAAAAGGUAUUGAUCCCUAUGCCUCCCAGAAUUCAAAUCUGUGUGGGACUGCUGCCCUACAGUCUCCUUGCAAGGAGUGCCUGUUCAAAGAAUAUGUGGGUGAUCUCCCAUCCUCUCCUUGUCCAGAGAGGUUCCACUGGUUCUUCAGUCUUUGCCAUGGUUAUUAUCUCUUUUCUCCACGGAGACCUAUUUAAUUUCUCAUGUCUCCACUGGAAAUCUUUUCCUUGUUUCUGUUUCUAAAUUCAAAGCAGUAACUUAAUAUUAUAAAUCUGAACUAAGAAUGGUUGGAUGGUUGGUUGGUUGGAUACACAAUAAUAGUGAAACAUUCAACUAACUACAUUCAUUACUAACUACAUUUUUGAUAGACUGUGCUCAUUAUGGCUCUUGGAGAUAUCAAGAAUCAAAUUGGGGAACUCUGUUCUGGCGAGGUAUUUUAGUAACUUAGUCCUUCAUUUAAUGACUUACAAAAUCAUCAAAACAAGUUACAAUUUAUAAGGACUGGCCUUGUACUGUAGCUGAGAUGAAUUUAUUGGCAAUAAAUAAUGCCAACUGAAAUAUUUAGCUAAGGAUGUCACAGUCAAGAAUAAAAGCACAAACUCUACCACUCACAUUCUGCUUGUUUUAUGAUUGCUGUUAAAAAUCAUGGGGGGGGAGGGAGGGAGGGGGGGAAUGUGAAUGAGUCAGGGCAAAACACUGAUGAAGCACUGAUGUCAUGUUCGUAUGAUCUUCUAGUAUGAAGGUGGUGACUAGGAGACAUAUAUUGUAUAUAAAAUUCCAUACUUGUCACAAAAUUCUGGACAAUAGAUAUAUUAUUGUUUGUAAAAAAUGAGGUUGAUUUAACUGAAGCAUGCAAAAAGCUGCUUAAGACACUUGUCCCCCUUAAUAAUAAUUGUUAAUCUGCUGUUUCAUAAUGUUCAAAGUCUUUAUUAUACAAAUGCAAAAUCCACAAUAAUAUAAUGAACUCUAACCUAUCCUCAGUUUAUACUAUCAUCAUCAACAUAAUGUGGGGAAAAAGUGGUGAUAGGCUGAAUUUAUCCUGAAAUUUAAAAAUCUGAAUGGUCAAAUAAGGAUGUAUUAAAAUGUUUUUAAAUUUCAAUUGGGAUUGCUGAAAAGUAGAUAACUAAACUAUGAUUGAUUUGUUUUUAGUAACUGUGAUUUCCUAUCAGAAACUAUAUCAUUUAAUCACCAAAUCAUAGAUAACUAAUUCCAUUGCUCAGGACAAGCCCUAGCCCAGUGGUUCUCAACCUUUCUAAUGCUGCGACCCCAUAAUACAGUUCCCCAUGUUGUGGUGACCCCCAACCACUUAUACAUCACCAGGUGCCAGGGGCAUGGCCAAAGAAAAGGGGGAAAAAUGGCGGACAGCCUUGUUUGGCGACCCCCGUGAAAUGGUCGUUCGACCCCAAAUGGGGUCCCGACCCACAGGUUGAGAAUCACUGCCCUAGCCAAAAGAAUAAUGGUUUGUGAGAUUAAACAAUCCAGAUUUUUGUUUAGACAAUCUGAAUUGUUAAAAGGAAGUACAGAAUAAUGCUGGCUCUCAGGAAAGAUAGAAGGCAUUAUCAUUCAGGGAAAAAGAAAUUGUUUAGGUUGUUGGAACUCUCAUGGAAAAUAUCAGGGCUUGUAUUAGCAAAUACUAUAAUUUGUAUUGUUAGUCAUGAAAUGGAUGUAUAAACAAAGUGGUGCAAUGUACACUGAUACUUGAGGGAUAUGCUAACACUUAGCCAGAUGCAUAGCAGAAGAAGUGAGUAACAGGAAAGUGCAUCACAUCAUUACUUCAUCUCUGUCUCUUGCAGCAAUGCUCCUUUCUUUCUUUUUCUCAGAAUUUUGGUCUGAGGUAUCAGUAAAAAACAUGAACAUAUUCAUUUACUCUGCACAAAUAUAGACACCAAAGCUCAGAGAGCAGUGGUUCAUUCAAAUACUAUUUUUCCUGUUAAUGGCAACUCAUCACAGUGCUUGAAGAUUUCCAAUAGGCAGGAAUCAUUCUGUAUCUGUUUCUAGAAGAUAAAGCAAGAAGUAACUUGCUUGUAUCCUAAAAUCCACCAGUGAAUUGUAUUAUUGGAAGGCUUUCUGCAAAACUUCCUCAAGCAAUUCAUAAUUGAAUUCACCUCAUGGAUGCUAGUAGGACUCAUGCUUAUGAGUAAGCAUGUUUGGGAUUCUAACUUCUGUCACAUGACUUCCUUGAAUAUUUCUUAGAAUGAAAGAGAAGCCACUCCCCCUUGCUUAUGCUCUUGCCACACAAGGCAAUUCAAUUCUUGUCAUAAGUAUCUCUGUAAGGGCAGUUCUUCACACUUGACAGACUAGCAUGAAAUGGAGUACUGAAAGCUAUGGGUAGUGAGUUCAGUUAUUUUCCCAAUCUAUGCAAACUACCAUUUGCGGCACUCUUUGGACAAAAAGCCUUCAAGCUCAGAUGACAUUAUAAAAUGAAUGUCAAUCCCACAGAAGUAAAAUCUGUUCUGAAGAGUUUGCUAUAUAUCUAUAUGCAAGACAGGGAAAGGAAACUGAAUUAUACAAAUCCAUCUCUUGUACAGCAGGAAGAAAUCUCAGCUUCUCUAUACAUCCUGAUUAUUAUUGGGUUUUUUGGCUUUCUCCUUUUCUCUAUGAUGCUCAGCAAUAUUGUUCUCAGGCAGCGGGAAAACUACAUAGACCAUCUCUUUCAAAAUAAAUUUCCAGGAAACAGGAGGAUAACUUCCUGCAACAGCAUAAUGAUUAAUGCUGGAAAGGGUGUUACAACAGAAGCUAACUGCCAGUGCCAAAAGACUGACAGUUGCCCAAUGGCAGAAAUUCCAAGCAUGGAAUCAGUGCAGAAAAAUGUAUGAAGGUGCAGUGUCAUGACCUAUUUUUAACUGUGGAUUAUUUUGUUGCCGUCUAAAGCAUUAGAUCUGAUUGCACUAACUUGGUCCAUUCCUGGCAAGCCUCAUUUGGAGCAACCUUCCUAUCUACAGUGCAAGAAAAAACUUGUUUAUUUCUAAACUGCAUUAUAUUUUUCCUAUUCUAAGCUCCAUUAAGUUUCCACUAAUAAUUUGGUAAUCGAGUUUAAACAUGUAUGAUUUCUUUAUAUUCAUGUUCAUCUGCACUUUUAUGAUGUAUCCUACAUGGAAUAAGUAAGCCAUCUUCCUUGUUUCUUAAUUGUGUGUUUUGUGAAAACUUUUGUUCUUGUAGCUAUGUUAUGUUGUGGAGACCUCUUCAUAAUCUAAGAGAAAUACAUAAAAGCUGAAAGAGUCAAAUCAAAUUCAUAUUGACUAGAAGGUUAAUUCUCCUGCCCUGGUUUGUUAUUGGUCCAUCAUCCAUGGAUAGAAAAUUCAAAACAGAAAGAGGUAUACCUGGAAUCCAAGGCUGCAAGUAUCCCCUGAACAUCAGCAGUCUCUGAAAAUUGUCAAAUUGUCAUGAUUAAUGCGAUAAAAAAAGAAACCUUAUUAAAAUCCAUGACUAGAGAAUAGGCAGGUUAAUUAUGCUGAAGUUUAAUUAAAUUUAAAUGGAAACAAACUGAAGUCAAGUUUAGAUUCUAACUCACCAUUCAAAACCUUGUCAAGGAAAGGUUAUGCAUUCCUGGCAUUAAAUAAUGAAUCCAGGACAUGUGUUUUGUGUACUAGACAUUGUCAAAACAAAGAUGGAUUGAGAAGUUGAUCAUUUUUUACUAACCCACAAUUCUUGUAAAUAUUUAAUUCUAGUGACUGCUUAUACAUAAUAAAGAAGGGGAGGGGGAAAACCAUUUUGAAAAGAAAGGAUUAUAAUUAGGCAUCAUUCUUCCCAUAAUGUAGUUCAGCUUUCUUUUGACAUGCUGACUGGGGAUAAUGGGACUUGUAGUCCAACAUAUCUGCUGGGUAGGAAGCUGGGAAAGAAAGUCCUUUCGGGCAUUUUUCUCCAGGAAUAAAAUGAGACUCAGUUGAAAUCUGCUGUUACCUUCACUAUUUAUCACUUAUUCUAUUUGCUAAAUUCUUUAAAUCCUAUAGCCAAGUUCUCCGGAUGAAUAAAAAUAAAAGCAUGUGCAGUACAGUAAAAUGCAAAAUAAAAACACCCAUAAACUAUGCAGCUGAAAAUUGGUCGGUCAAAAACUAAAACAAUAGAAAUUAUAAUGGAAUUAAAAUAUAUUUAAAAUCCAGUUAAAAAGGCAAAGAAAACGAGAAGAUUUCCAUCUGGAGUGAAAAUGAUGCUAGCAUGGGUACCAGGCAAGCCUUUCUAAGAAGAAAUUCCAUUAAUGGAGUUCCAUCAGAGAAAACCUUUGUCCCUCUUGUAGAGACCCAUCUUAUGGCUUUUGGUGAUGAGACAAGGAGGAGAACUUCAAUGGAAAAUAGGUAGGUAUAUAUGGGAAAUGGUGCUCCUGAUCCCAAAUUGUUUAACAAGUUAAAGAUUAAAAGCAGCAUUUUGAAUCUGAUCCAGAAAUGGACCUGCAGCCAGUAUAGAUAGCAAAGAACCAUCAUAACCAAUUUAUUGGCCAGUCCCAGGAAGCAGUCUAGCCACCUUAUUUUGAAUUAAAAUAAUGUUUCUGAACUGUUUUCAAAGGCAGCCUGUUGUACAAUGCACUGCAAUAAUCCAAUGAGUUGAAUAACUAUUGUUGAGAUUGUCUCUGUCCAGGUAAAGUUGCAGUUGAUCAAUCAUAAAUGGCACUCCGUGCCACUGAGCCAAUCUGGAUCUCUAAUGAUAGCAAUGGAACUAGAAGUAUCCCCCCCUCCCCUUAAAUUACGAACUUUUAGAGUGCAGACCCACUUAGCUGAACUGAUACAUCACCCAUAAGCAAUAUUUCGGACUGAAUCCUAGUUCAUUGGCCUUCAUCCAGUCCAUUAUCCUGCCUAGGAACUGAUUCAGAAUGCUGACUACCUCAUCUGCAUUAGUAGAACUAGAUGUCCUCUGAUUAUUGAUGUCACCUUAGCCCACUUCUCUGGAUGACCUCUUCCAGCUUGAAACUGGCCUGAAAUUGAUCUAGAUGAAUCAGUUUCAAUCAAAAGAGCCUGAAAUGGAUGAGCCAGCAGCCAUUCAAGCAAAUUGCUGUGAAAGGAAUAUUGGCCACAAGCAUAUAAGAUUUGGAUUCUUUCGAAAUGGCCUGAUCUCUAACUCUUUGGGGAGGCUAGGACUGAUGAAAUAAAUUUAACACCUGGACAUCCCUAACUUGCACCGCCAUUUAUGGGAUAGGUUUUUUUUU